CUGAACAGGAAAGGAGUAUCAGAAAAGUGACUAUAAUUGAUUUAUCUAUAUGUAAUAGCUCAUUAUAGAAAAAAAAAAAAGUUCACUGAUCAUCGAAAAGAAAGAAAGGAAAGAAUAGAUAAAAAAUCCAAAAUGGAAUUAGACGAAACCAUUACCAAUCUCUUGCCAAGGAGACAAGUUAUUUUCAAAAAGGAGAAAAGACACGUCUCAUGCCACCACGAGCAAGUGCGGACGGAGCAGAAGGCGAGCAGGGCCGCCCACGCCACCAUGGGCCACGCCAUCACGCCCCUGGACCCGCCCGCCAGGUUCCUCCGAAGUCGAACGAGGGACGAGAUCGAGCGCCUCGUUAGGGAGAACAACAAGAGCAAAGCGGCCGCGUUGCAACACCGAGAAUGCGAGAAGCGACCGGCACUGCCACGCCCUGUGCAAUAUCCGCCGGCCGACAGAGAUAGAGGCGGAGUGAACUGGGUAACAAGUAACGUGAAAGAGGUGAAGGAGAUCCCAGUACAGCGUCCCAGUCCCAGGUACAUUGACGGUCCUAGCGGGGACGCUCACAAACUGGUUACUUCCGGUCUCUAUCCGAAUUACAUCUUCAAGAAGAAUUUCGGCCGCGUCCCCGCCUACCUCCGCAGACGACGGGCAGAGCUUCAGUUCGAACAGGCGCUGGAGGAAAGAGGAAGAGGAGGAGAAGGAGAAGAAGAAGGAGAGGGAAGAGGAGGAGAAGGAGGAAGAGGAGAAGGGAAGAGAGGGUACCCGCUAAGUAGCAGAAGCAGGAAUAGGCGAGAGGAAGAAGAUGAUUAUGCUUUGUUGACGGAAGACGAGAGGGUGGAGCUGCUGAAGGGCCUGCGGGAAAACCUGAAGGAGGCGCAGCGGCAGUUACAGUCCCUCCCCGUCGUGUGCGAGACCAACGCCACCAGGCACAAGCGGGAUUUUCUGGAACACAACGUCAGUGACCUGGCGAGGUACAUCUUCCUUCUGGAGAACCACAAGGUCGCUAUCAGGGAUUAGGUGCUUGGUAAGGUCGGUUGGUUAGGUUACUGGGUAUGGGCAAUGGUGUGGGCAUUGGUAAGGUCAUGGGAUAUGGGCACUUGGAAGGUCAUGGGGUAUGGGCACUGGUAAGGUCGUUGCAAAGGUCACUGGGUAUGGGCACUGGUAAGGUCAUUGAAAAGGUCACUGGGUAUGGGUACUGGGAAGGUCAUUUAUAUGGUCACUGGGUAUGGGUACUGGGAAGGUCAUGGGGUGUGAGCACUGGUAAGGUCAUUGGGCGUAACACCGUUAAGGUCAUUGGCAAAGUAGCUGGGUAUGAGCACUGGUAUGGACACUGAUAAGAUCAUGGGUCGGGUCACUAAUAAAGCCAAUAGCAGUAUCAUAGGUAUGGGUACUUCUAAGGUCAUUGGCCCCUAGUAAGUUCAGUGAUAAAUAGUGAUUUAAUUUGUAUUUUAAACACCCGCAGACAAUGUAUAUAUGAAUGCACAUGUGUAUUUACGCAUACACGCACGUAG